CAGCCAGUGCAAGCCCCAAGGGGGCAUCUGGUCCAGGCUUUCUCCUCAGGCUCUGCCCCAGAGCAGAGGUCUCCCUGCCCCUCUUGGCCCUGUGUCCUGGGGCUCCGGGACUAGGAGUCUGUCCUUGCUGCAGGCUCCUGACGGUGCCCUCAGGCCUGGGGGCAGGUGGGGUGAGAGAACAGAGGGUGGGCUCCAGUGAGUGCCGGUCACCUGCUGCGUCAUGGCCUUCCUCCAGGCAGGCGUCCUGGCCUCCUCCCUGGCCUCCAAAGUGAUGUCGGCAGCAAGUCUGAUUAAAGUGAGUGGGGCAGCCUCUGGCAGCGUCCUGGUCGGACUUUCCUCAGUGGGGAGCUCCCUGCCAUCCCAGGCCGCCCUGACUCAGGCCUUGUCCACCCUCGGACCCUUGCUGGGCUCCCUGAAAGCCUCCUCUGUGCUGGGAUCCUCUGCCUGUGCCCUGACAGUGUCCCCUCUGGCAGUCAAGGCUCUUGCAGCUGUACUUGGAGGAGCUGUGUCUGUGACGGCUGCACCUGCAGUCCUGACCGCCCUGGGCUUCACCAGCUCCGGAAUCGCUGCGUCCUCCCUGGCGGCCAAGAUGAUGUCAUUGGUGGCCAUCGCCAACGGGGGUGGAGUGCCGGCCGGCAGCCUGGUGGCCAUUCUGCAGUCUGCAGGCGCUGCUGGACUCUCCCUGUCGUCCAAACUGCUGCUGGGCUCCACUGGCUCUGCCCUUGUUGGUGGCGCUGUGAUGGCCUUGUAACAGCUCCCUGGCACCCCCUGCAGACAAGAUGCUGGAGGAGACCUGAGGCCAACCCUGCACUUAUGGUCCCCAGCCCGCACAGCAAGGCCCCCCAGCUCACACAGCAAGGCUCCGCAGUCCACACAGCAAGGCCCCCCAGUCUACACAGCAAGGCCCCAGCCUACACGUCAAGGCCCCAGCCACACAGCAGGGCCCAUCCUGCUCACCAUGUGUCCUCGCUGCCCCCAGGAAGACCAGCAAUAAAAAUGGUUCUGCUACCCUCCUGGACCUUUCCUUUCUUGCUCACAGUUCAGC